GCGGCGGCGGGGGAUGGCGAGGUUCAUCCUGGGCCUGGUGGAGCUCGGGGUCAGCGCCACCGUGCACCUGCUCUUCGGCUUCUACGUCUUCAGCUCCGCCGUCGCCGCCGACAUCUCGCAGGCCGCCGCCGCCUCGGGCUUCCCGCUCCUGCGCCGCCCCGCCACGCCCGCCGCCGUCGAGGCGGGGCUCGUCGACGUCGCCGCCGCCGCCGUGGGGGACGACCACGCGCCCGUCGUGCUCGACGGCUCGCCGCCGCCCAUCGUACUCGUCCACGGCAUAUUCGGCUUCGGCAAGGGGAGGCUCGGGGGGCUCUCCUACUUCGCCGGCGCCGAGAAGAAGGACGACCGCGUGCUCGUCCCGGAUUUGGGCUCGCUCACCAGCAUCCACGACAGGGCGCGCGAGCUCUUCUACUACCUCAAAGGAGGGCAGGUGGACUACGGCCCAGAGCACAGCCAGGUCUACGGGCACGCACGGUUCGGGAGGAUCUAUGAUACAGGGCAUUACCCCGUGUGGGACGAGCACAACCCGGUGCACUUCGUGGGGCACUCGGCCGGCGCGCAGGUCGUGAGGGUGCUGCACCAGAUGCUCGCAGAUAAGGCUUUCCCUGGGCAUGAUACUUCUGAAGACUGGGUUUUGAGCCUUACUUCCUUGUCAGGCGCGCUUAAUGGAACCACGAGAACUUACUUCGAUGGCAUGCUGGCUGAAGAUGGGAGAUCCAUGAGAUCGAUUUGUCUUCUUCAGCUAUGCCGGCUUGGCGUCAUUGUCUAUGACUGGCUAGACAUUCCUUGGUUGAAGAAUUACUACAAUUUUGGCUUUGAUCACUUCGAAAUGUCAUGGAGGAAAGUUGGACUCUCUGGUUUAGUUGAUCUGCUGCUGGGGAAUACCGGUCCAUUUUCCUCAGGAGAUUGGAUUCUCCCUGACCUCACAAUCCAAGGAUCGCUAAGACUUAACUCUACCUUGAAGACCUUUCCCAAUACAUUCUACUUCAGUUAUGCCACAAAGAGAACGCGAAAGCUAUUUGGAAUUACAGUACCCUCAAGCGUCCUUGGGGUUCACCCAAUGCUCUUUCUCAGAGUUCUCCAGAUGUGUAUGUGGCGGCACCCUCAAAGUGCACCUCUUCCUUACAAAGGAUACAGGGAUGAAGAUUGGGAAGAUAAUGAUGGGGCUUUGAACACGAUUUCCAUGACGCACCCUCGCAUUCCAGUAGAGCACCCUAACCGUUUUGUAGUAGAUGAUUCUGACUGCCAUCCUUUGCAGCCUGGGAUAUGGUACUACAAGAUCAUUGAAGGUGAUCACAUCCUUUUCAUUGUAAAUCGAGAAAGAGCUGGGGUGCAGUUUGAUUUGCUAUAUGAUAGCAUUUUCCAGCGCUGCAGAAAGCAUGCAUUUAGGAAAAGCCCCCCAACCAUGCCAAACGAAACAAGUCAAUAGAAGAUUACACCCUAAGCAUUCUAGGUAGUAGUGAGCAAGAAACAAGGUGGCCACGGCGCUUUUUCCGCUUCUCUUCAUCUCCGGCCCCCAUGCAUGUAGAUGUAACAUCCACACUGUAAACUGUAAAUGUUAUUGUCCAUUUGAUCAAAUGGCAUACUUGAUUUUGCCGGCUCUUGGAAGGAGGGGUGUUGCAGCUUUGCUCUUUGCUGCCCUUACAACACAAUGCAUAGAAUGAAGCUUGUAACUGAGCAGGAGGUUACAGAUCAACACCAGAUGUCCAUGACCUUAAUGGGACUUAUUGAGAUUAACUCACAUGUAUCCUGAUAUGGUUGUACAUAUUAUGGAUUGUCUCAAUGGAUCAACUUUGUAUUGGCACUUUGCAAUGAUCUUGAUGAAAGAACUGCCCUAUGAAUCUAUUAUUUUGGGUAGUUUAUUACUGAA